AUGUUCGGCACGGCAGACCAGACCCAGCGGUUCCACACGUCCAUCAAGGAGCUCACCAAACACAUGGAGGCUUAUAACGGCACGUUUGUGUCGCUGGACGGGACGCGGGGAUCGCCGGUGCCGCAGACAGCUAAGGAGCCCGUCCAGGAGCCCGUCCAGGAGCCUACGCAGGAGCAGCAGAGCCAGCAAGAGAACGACGACGAGACCCAGCUGGUGACAAACCUCGAGGUCACGGGCGAACAGCACACCGAGCCGCCGUCCGAGCCCGUCCAGGAGAUCCCCAAGAACCCGCUGGAGGGCACGAAUCUCGACAAUCCCCAGAAACGCAACCCCGACAAGGCGCCGCUGCCGCCCGGGUACCGCGGGUCCAUGACCAACGAGUACAAGCCGUACGAGCAGGCGCGCGUGGUGAAGGACAAGUUCGGCAACCCGGCCAAGCAGAACGCCACGAUGCUGACGCUCGUGCGCAACGAGGAGCUCUACGACAUGCUGCAGUCGAUCCAGCAGUUGGAGAGCCGGUUCAACAGAAACUACCAGUACGACUGGGUCUUCCUCAACGACAAGCCGUUCACCGACGAGUUCAUCAAGCAGACCUCGGCAAUGGUGUCGGGGACUGCGCGGUACGGCAUCAUCCCGUACGAGCACUGGUCGUAUCCCGAGUACAUCGAUCCGCAGAAGGCCAAGGAGAUCAGAGAGUCACGACAGUAUGCGAACGUGGCGUACGGUUCGAGCGAGAGUUACCGCCACAUGUGCCGUUUCAACUCGCUGUUCUUCUACAAACACCCGAUUCUGGACGACUACCAGUACUACUGGCGCGUGGAGCCGUCGAUCGAGUACGGAUGCGACAUCCUGACCGAUCCGUUCGCGUACAUGGUGGAAAAUAAAAUCAACUACGGGUUCACGCUGACCCUCACAGAGUUCCCCAAGACCAUUCCGACGCUGUGGAAGACGAGCCUGGAGUACUUUCUGCGGCCCGAGGUGGCGGCGCAGAUCCCGUCCGACGAGGAAAACCUGCUCUCCUUCGUCUCCGGCGACAACGGCCGCACAUACAACCUGUGCCACUUCUGGUCGAACUUCGAGAUCGCCAACCUCGACUUCUACCGCAGCCCCGUGUACGAGGGCUACGUGCAGCACCUGGACCGCGCGGGCGGCUUCUUCUACGAGCGGUGGGGGGACGCGCCCGUGCACACGAUAGCGGUGGCCAAGAUGAUGCGUGCGAGCGAGAUCCACCUGUUCACGGACAUUUCGUACAAACACACGGUGGCGGGCUCGUGUCCGCUGGACGACGCGUUCAGACGCCAGGCGCGGUGCACGUGCGACCCGGGGCUCGACUGGUCGAUCACCUCUGGCUCGAGCUGCAACCUGCACUAUAUGGAGGUUGCGCACCAGCCACACAUGGCAGACUACGAAAAAUACAGAAACCUUGUGGCUGAGCGGCAGGAGCAGGAGCAGCAGCGCAAGAAGGAGGAGAUGGAGCGCCGAAGAGAGGCCGCCAAGCAGCGGGCCGAGGAGAGACGCCAGCGGGCCGAGGAGAGGAGACAGCGCAAGCAGAAGGAGCGAGAGGAGCGGCUGCGCGCGGCCAAGACGCCUGCGGCCAACUAA